AUGCAGUCCCCCACCGUAUCCACCGCGCGGCGGCGGCGGCCCGCCCGCCCCGCCGCCCUCCUCCUAGCCCUAUCCCUCCUCCUGGCGGCCGUCGGCGCCGCGGCGGCGGCGACGGCGGCCACGCCGCAGGACGCGGAGGCGAUGCGGGCGGUCGCCAAGGCGCUAGGCGCGGACAAGGCCCUCUCCUGGAACACCCCGGACCCCUGCUCCCCGAAGCCCUGGGACGGCGUGGGCUGCGACGCCGACGGCCGCGUCACCGACAUCCAGGUCGGCAAGCGCCGCCUCACGGGGACGCUGGCGGCCGAGGUGCGCAACCUCACGGCCCUAACCCGCCUCGAGGUCUUCGGCAACGCCCUCACCGGCCCGCUCCCGACCCUCGCCGGCCUCUCCUCCCUCCAGCACCUCCUCCUCAACGACAACGGCUUCACCUCCCUCCCCGACGGCUUCUUCGACGGCCUCGUCUCCCUAACCGACUUCUCCAUCGACCACAACCCGCUCGACCCGUGGACCCUCCACCCCGAGCUCGCGCGCUGCGUCGCCCUCUCCAACUUCUCCGCCAACAGCGCCAACGUCACCGGCACCCUCCCGGACUUCCUCGGCGCCCUGCCCUCCCUGGAGCGGCUCAACCUGGCCAUGAACCUCAUGUCCGGACCGGUCCCGCCAUCCCUCGGGACAGCCCCCCAGCUCCAGGUGCUCUGGCUCAACAGCCAGAUCCGCGGCGGCUUCAGCGGGCCCGUCACCUUCCUCGCCACCAUCGCCAAGGCCAGCCAGCUCUGGCUGCACUCCAACCGCUUCUCCGGGCCCCUGCCGGACUUCUCCGCCCUCACCAGCCUCGUCGAUCUCAAGCUGCGCGACAACGACCUCACCGGCACGGUUCCGCAGAGCCUCAUCGACCUCAAGUCCCUCACCAUCCUGAAUCUCACCAACAACAUGCUGCAGGGGCCGAGGCCCGCGUUCGACACUAAGCAGGUGGCGCUCGACAUGGCGGACAACCAGAGCUUCUGCCUGCAGGAUCCCGGAAAGCCCUGCGAUCCCCGCGUCAACCUGCUGCUCGACGUGGCGGCUGGGUUCAUGUACCCCUACAAGCUCGCAGAUGGCUGGAAGGGGAAUGACCCCUGCGCUGGUUACCUCGGCGUCGAGUGUGAUAGUACUGGGAGCAUCACAUUGCUCAAUUUGGGCAGCAAGGGGCUCAACGGGACCAUCUCGCCGUCUAUCGCCAAGAUUUCCACGCUCCAGACCCUCAUCCUUUCGAAGAACAACAUUACUGGCACCAUUCCCAAGGAGCUUGCCGCCUUGCCCGCGCUCAAGUCGGUUGAUCUGUCAAACAACAAUCUCUACGGGCAGCUUCCUCCGUUCCGCAGCAAUGUGCUGGUCAACACUGAUGGUAACCCCAACAUUGGCAAGGAUCCCCCUGCGCCGACACCUGGGUCAGAUGGUCACAGCAACGGCACUGCGCCUGGGGGUGGAAGUGGUGGAAGCAGUAGUGGUGGGGGCUCCUCUUCGCAUUCUGCCGGCGUCAUUGUUGGGUCUGUCUUUGGAGCUAUUGCUGGACUAGGCCUCAUUGCUGCGUUGGGAUUCUAUUGCUACAAGAGGAAGCAGAAGCCUUCUGGAAGGGUGCAGAGCCCGCAUGCUAUGGUCAUCCAUCCCCGGCACUCGGGGUCAGAUCCUGACAUGGUCAAAAUCACAGUUGCCGGGCGAAAUUCCAAUGGUGGUACGGCCUCAAAUGAGGCACAGAGCCAGGCGAGCAACGGCCCAAGGGACAUCCAUGUUGUUGAGGCUGGGAAUAUGGUCAUUUCGAUCCAGGUCCUCCGUAACGUCACCAACAACUUCAGCCAGGAGAACAUCCUUGGUCGUGGUGGGUUUGGCACUGUCUACAAGGGCGAGCUUCACGAUGGCACAAAAAUCGCUGUCAAGCGAAUGGAGUCUGGUGUUAUGGGCAACAAGGGGCUGAAUGAGUUCAAAUCAGAGAUAUCUGUGCUGACCAAGGUCCGUCAUCGGAACCUGGUGUCGCUGCUUGGAUAUUGCCUUGAUGGUAAUGAGAGGAUUCUUGUGUAUGAGUACAUGCCACAGGGGCCAGUCAGCCAACACCUGUUUGAGUGGAAAGAACACAAUUCACCGCCCUUGGAAUGGAAGAAGCGACUGAGCAUUGCCCUUGAUGUUGCAAGAGGUGUAGAGUACCUGCACAGCCUUGCGCAGCAAACCUUCAUCCACAGAGACUUGAAACCAUCAAAUAUACUUCUGGGUGAUGACAUGAAGGCAAAGGUGGCUGACUUUGGAUUGGUGCGGCUUGCACCGUCUGAUGGGAAGUGUGUAUCAGUGGAGACAAGACUUGCUGGCACUUUCGGAUACCUUGCCCCGGAGUAUGCAGUCACUGGACGAGUAACCACAAAAGCUGAUGUCUUCAGCUUUGGUGUCAUUUUGAUGGAGCUGGUCACCGGACGGAGGGCGCUUGAUGACACGCAGCCUGAGGAUAGCAUGCACCUAGUUACAUGGUUCCGGCGAAUGCAGCUGAACCCAGACACUUUCCGGAAAGCAAUUGACAUGACUAUUGACCUUGACGAGGAGACCUUUGCCAGCGUUAGCACCGUCGCGCAGCUGGCUGGUCACUGCUGUGCUAGGGAACCACAACAGAGGCCUGAUAUGGGUCAUGCCGUCAAUGUGCUCUCUACUCUUUCCGAUGUAUGGAAACCUACAGAUCCUGACUCAGACGACAGCUACGGUAUCGACCUGGACAUGACGCUGCCUCAAGCAUUGAAGAAAUGGCAGGCCUUCGAGGACAGCAGCCAUUUCGACGGCGCGACCUCAUCGUUCCUCGCGAGCUUGGACAACACCCAGACAAGCAUCCCAACUCGGCCUCCAGGCUUUGCAGAUUCGUUCACCUCUGCCGAUGGAAGAUAGUCCUGGACUGCCUGUGAAACUAGAAGCUCCGCGUCUCAGAUGAUCCUUCUGUUCAUUCUUUUAGUCUCUUGGCCCCCUCCUGCUUUUCAUGUUCAUUGAAUUGUCUUUGUGCUGCCAUGUAGCUGGCUGUCCUUCGAUCAUGUAUGAUCAUCAUCACUCAGAAUUGCCUGGAAGUUUGCGACUAACUGUUCUGUUUUUCUAUUGUUAGCUAAGCUUAAAGUAGAGGAUUGUUAGGGUUUGUUGGCUUGUACUCAACAUUGAUCUGCUCCAUGAUUAAAUUGAUCCCUGUUAUCUCUAGCA